GCUCUCAACAUCCCCCUUUUCCCUUCCCCAGGAUGGGAAUCCAUGGCUUGGCCAAGCUUAUUGCCGACGUGGCUCCCGGGGCCAUCCGGGAGAACGACAUCAAGUCCUACUUCGGCCGGAAAGUGGCCAUCGACGCCUCCAUGAGCAUCUACCAGUUCCUGAUCGCCGUGCGGCAGGGAGCCGACGUGCUCCAGAACGAGGACGGGGAGACCACCAGCCACCUGAUGGGAAUGUUCUACCGCACCAUCCGCAUGGUGGAGAAUGGCAUCAAGCCCGUGUACGUGUUCGACGGGAAGCCCCCGCAGCUGAAAUCCGGGGAGCUGGCCAAGCGCACGGAACGCCGCGCCGAGGCGGAGAAGCACCUGCAGGAAGCGCAGGAGGCCGGGGAGGAGGAGAACAUCGAGAAGUACAGCAAGAGGCUGGUCAAGGUGACCCCGCAGCACACGCAGGAGUGCAAGAAGCUGCUGGCGCUGAUGGGAAUUCCCUACGUGGAGGCCCCCGGCGAGGCAGAGGCCAGCUGCGCCGCCCUGGUGAAGGCCGGCAAGGUGUACGCCGCCGCCACGGAGGACAUGGAUUGCCUCACCUUCGGCAGCCCCGUGCUGAUGCGGCACCUCACGGCCAGCGAGACCAAGAAGCUGCCCAUCCAGGAGUUCCACCUGAACCGGAUCCUGCAGGACCUGCAGCUGACCUGGGAGCAGUUUGUGGACCUGUGCAUCCUGCUGGGCUGCGACUACUGCGGCAGCAUCCGCGGCAUCGGGCCGAAGCGCGCUGUGGAGCUCAUCCGGGAGCACAAAUCCAUCGAGAGGAUCGUGCAGCAGCUCGACACCAAGAAGUACCCCCUGCCCGAGAACUGGCUGCACAAGGAGGCGCAGAAGCUCUUCCUGGAGCCCGACGUGAUCGAUCCCGAGGCCGUGGAGCUGAAGUGGAGCGAGCCGGACGAGGAGCAGCUGGUGCAGUUCAUGUGCGGGGAGAAGCAGUUCAACGAGGAGCGCAUCCGCAACGGCAUCAAGAGGCUGAGCAAGAGCCGCCAGGGGAGCACCCAGGGCCGGCUCGACGACUUCUUCAAGGUCACCGGCUCCAUCACCUCGGCCAAGCGCAAGGAGCCGGAGCCCAAGGGAGGGGCCAAGAAGAAAGCCAAGAGCAACUCCAAGCCCAACGGCACCCCGGCCACAAAGACUAAAAAGGCAAAAUAAUCACAUUGGGCGCACACAGACCUCUGGGACUGGGUUUUUGGAGGGCUUAAUGAGGAAUUUUAGAGUAAUGGCAGUUGUGUGUCAGUGCUGCGUGUUAGUGCUGGGAAGGGAUGGGUGAGGCCGGCAGAGUGGAACGGCUUCUGGGCACAAACACUCCCAGAUUUCAGAAUUCCAAAGCUGCACAGCUCCAGAGCAGACCCAGGAGAAGUUAGAUUUCAGCCUGAUCCCAUCCAUCCCAGAAAAGGUAGAUGCAAGCAGAAACUUGCUUGAGUGAUAGGAGUGGAAGGCAAGCUGGAAUUGGGAAGGAGGCUUCAAGCAAUGAGGUAAAAUUCUCCCUUUAAAGAGAAUUCAUUAAGGUUUUUCCUUCCCUUUUCAUGGUCACUCUCCUUAUUCAAAACCCAGUUGUGAUCUCAAUUCCAGCAAGGUCCUGGCCCUCUUUUAGUGCAUAAUCCAGGGAAAGCUGAGCCCAGACUGCAGCUCUCCCAGCCUGAAAUUCGCUUAGAAAUGCUUAAAAAUAAAAAUAUCCAUAAGCCUAGAACUGCAGCCUCUUAGUCCCUGAAUUCCAGAGGCAUUUUUCCAUGUUGUACACACUUACAGGUCCCCGGAUUGGAAUUAAAACCUUUUAUUUCUUAUUUUAUUCUGUAUUUUCUGUAGUGUUUUGCUUGUCAGAGCCAUGGGAUGGGUUUUUUUUCCAGAAUAAAAUUUGAACUCAAAGACACUGUUUCUCUUUCUCCAGAGAAGUGGCUUAAACCGUGUUUUUAAAUGAAAAUCCCAGUUUUAGAGGGAAUUCUGUAACAGCCGAAAAACCAUUCGGAUUCUGGAACACAAAGAUUUCCAGUUUGAGCUCUCUGGAUGCUUCAUAGACAUCAAAAUCCGUGAGUCUGCUCUUUGCCAGUUUGGACAAUAAGAAGCUGGCUUGUUUUGUGGGGAAAUUAAUCUUUAAUAUUUAUUAUGCAUUAUCUUACUAAAAUUGGGAUUUAUGUU